AUGGCGCACAAUGUUCCGAAACGGGAUCCUUCGGAUGACCUCGACGGAGAUAUCUUGACCUUCUCAGAACUCGAUUUCGCAAGACUAGGACUUGCAAACAAUGAGUCGAAUCAACAAUUCGCACCCGAAUUGAGCCUUGCAGCUCAGGAAUACCCAUUCCCGGUACAGAAUGAUGUCUUGGCUCUAGAACAGAACUUCUUCACAGACGACUUCCCUAUAGAUCCAGCGGCGAAUACACAAAAUGAAUUCUGGUUCGAUCAAUCGUUAAAUCUCCAAUCAUGGCAAACAACGCCGCCAAUGCAAAUAGAUACCGGUCGGGAUAUUUCACCACUUGUUACAACUCAUGGGCGAGUUGGGACGCCCUCGCUGGCCAGCCCCUCAUUUGAUCAAGCCUUUGCAACCUUUUCGCCACAAGAAAAUCAGCACCACAGCCUCCCACGAAGAAGGAGUCAAUAUCUCAGAAGUCAGUUAAAUAGAACUACAAGUGAACCUGUUUCGAUCCCCCGAUCAAGCCUCCGGCGCGACAGUACUCGCAAUCCGAUGCAGAGAUGGCAAGAUUCGCCACCUGAAGCCGAGCCAGCCUCGUUAUCCGCUAUAGCCGACGCUCUCGAGAAAACACCACUGCGAAAACGCUCAUCAGCUGGAAGUCUGGGCAGUCGUAGAGUUGCAAGCCGUGCAGGAUCUAUCGCAAGUGUAACAAGCUGUUCAACUGCUUCCGUCGGGUCGCCACAUUCUACCGCACGACGAGGGGGAGUCGCCAAGUCGAAGCGCGUGUCUACUAACAAGGGCAAGAAAGCCGACAAGAGGCGUUUUCCCUGCACAUUUUGCUGCGACAGCUUUAAGAGCAAGUACGACUGGGCACGCCAUGAGAGGUCGCUGCACUUAGAUCUACAAGGUUGGCGAUGCACGCCUUUCGGAGGGACGGUUGUAUCUCCAGACACAGGGCGAAGUCAUUGCGCUUAUUGUAACCAAAUCGAUCCGGGUGCAGAACAUCUCGAAACUCACAACCACGCUGGAUGUCAGAACGACGAAAAACCGCAUGUUUUCCGACGCAAAGAUCACCUUGUUCAACAUCUCCGACUGGUCCAUCAUGUGAAGACGCUACCCACCAUCGAUUCAUGGAAAGUUGAGGGGCCGCCUAUAAAAUCGAGAUGCGGAAUCUGUGAUAUUAGAAUGGAGACUUGGCAAGAACGGGUGGAACAUCUAGCCAAGCAUUUCCGCAAGGGUGAUACGAUGGAAGAUUGGAAGGGCGAGCACCAUUUCGAACCGCAUGUCAAGGCAAGGGUGACGAAUGCUCUGGCACCGUAUAUAAUUGCAGCGGAAGAACGAGCCCCGGUGCCCUUUUCUGCUACUGAUCCGAGCUCAAAGGAUCAUUUUCGCCAAAUUAAGAAGAAUGCUGGAAGCGAAGUUGAAGCUGGCAAUCAAGUUGAUGGGGAACUACCAGUCUCCCAAGAGACAUUGCCUCUACCCGAACAACCUAUUACCACAGACAUCAACUCCCUAUCUUUUCCGGAGUUUCUAGUGCAUCACUUAGGAAGGUAUGCACAACAGCAGAUGAGACUCGGCGUUGUGCCGACAGAUGAGAUGUUUCAGGCGGAGGCGAGGAGGCUUGUUUACAAUACUAUGGAUCCGUGGGAUCAAACGUUGGCAGACAACAAGGAUUGGCUUUCUUGUUUUCGAAAUUGUUAUCUUGGCAAAUAUUCUAGUGGGCAAUGA